AUGGUGCCGUGGAGGAGAGAGCGUAUGUUUCUGCAUAGGAACCAAGUGAGAAGAUCUAUAACGAUAUGUAAUGCUCCUCCAUACUCUGCUUGUUCUGUCUUAGUCCGCCUUUAUGCAGCCAUGGGCCUUCACAGUUACAAUUUGCUCCAUGGGGAAAACUUGGAGUUGAGUCGUGUGCUUAGGUACAGCAAAACCGCGGGUCCUCCUGCAGCUUCAAGUUACUGCAUAACUUUGGAUGUCAUGGAGCCAUCUCUCGGUUUGGUUCGAACUUUUGAGACUAGUGUUUCUGAACAGUCUUAUGGCGAAUUGUCUUUGAGGUACAAUUUUGCUAGACCUCAUGGUGAAACCAAGAAAAGCUACAACGUUGGAGAUGAAAUCAUGAGAAGCAGCGAUGCGUCGGAUGAAUACUUUCGCUUAUGUUGCAAUUGCAUGCCUGAAAUGCCACGACUGAAUCCUUUCCAAAAUAAAAAGAGAUUUUACUUGCUGAAGAAAUCGGAGGUGGAAGAGAAUGCGUGGAUACGUAUGUAUCUGGAUCUUGCAUUUGCCACAACUAAUAGGGGGACCAGUAAGGAACCUGAUCUCUCCAAGCUGGAGAUUGUGGAAGUUGCUGUAUCUAUAGAAGAAUCUAACACUAGCACCAGUGAUACUGAUGAGGGGCUUGGACUUGGACUUGGAUUCUCUCGCGCCACUAAUGCAGUUUUCUACAUAAGGCACAUGGACUGGUGCAAGGCUCGGGUUAAGAAAAACGAUGUUGAUCGCGUUGCUAUCGUCAGAAGAAUCUUCAUUCACCGAACCGGGUGCUUCAGUCUCGUUGGUAAGAUCCACAGCUCACAAACUUUACCAAAACCUAAAAAAUGA